GGGGUUCCUCGGGCCUCCAGGUCCAGCUCUGCCCACCCCGCUCUUUCCUCUGCUCACCUGCAGCAACCUGGGCCAUGAGCGUCUCGGACUCCGCACAUCGUCCCUCGGACCCGGCGCGCGUCUCUCUUCCGGUCCAGACAGACGGCCUUGACCUCCCUUCGCCCGCCGCAAGAACCCCCUCCUGGCCUCCGUCCCCGGACGAGGAUACCGGUUUGCCCUCCUUUCCUCUGGAAGAGCCUGGCUCCAGUCCCAUGGCCGCAGGGAACCUUCCCUUUCCAGCCUUAUCCCUGGAAGAAGAGGAUGAGGACGAAGAAGACGCGGAGGAGCCCGAGGGGCUGUGCAGCGACGAACAUCCGAGUCAGUUUUUCGCGGAGGCACAGCGGCUGCGGGAGCAGAGGUUGUUGCUGGACGAAGAGGUGUCAGUCGGGGGGCGAAUAUAUGGGGUGCAUCGGGUGAUUUUGGCCGCAGUUAGCAGCCUCUUCCGAGACAGGCUGCUGGGCAGCGGGGGUCCGCGACCCCCCUUUAGCCUCGAUGUGGACCCCGGGGCCUGGGAGGCCGUGCUGACCUUUGCCUAUGAGGGGGUGCUGGGCCCCGCCCCGCUGGGGGAUGUGCUGGUCGCGGCCGAGGCCCUGGGAGCGCCCCGGGUGAAGGCCGCCGCCCAGAGGAGACACCAGGGGGCUGGAAACGCCCGGAAAGAUGAAAAGCAGCCCAGCCAGGCAGAGGAGCUGAGGGAGAACCUGCGCAGCAUCGAGCUCCUAUACCAAGAGGGCGCCGGGUGUGACCUGGAGCUGGAGGCAGGCGGCUGCCGGCUGCGGGUGCACCGAGCAGCCCUGGCCUGUGGCAGCGAGUUCUUUGGGGCCAUGCUCUUGAGCGGGAUGAGGGAAUCCCAGGGCACAGAGGUGUCUCUGCACACCAUCUCUGCCCAGGACCUGCGACUCCUUGUCUCUUUUGCCUACUCCGGGGUUGUGCGGGGAACGUGGCCAGGACUGCUGAGAGCUGCCCAGGCUGCUCUACAAUACCAGAGCUCUUCCUGCUUGGCCCUGUGCCAGAGAGCCUUGGCACGGGGCCUCAGCCCUGCCCGGUGCCUGGCCCUGUUCCCCAUGGCUGAAACCCCUGGGUUGGAGAGGCUCUGGAGCAAAGCCCAUCACUACCUCCUCACCCACAUGCCCGCUGUGGCUUUGUGCCCCAGUUUCCCUUCUUUACCGGCUGCCUGCCUGGCUGAGCUCCUGGAUAGCGACGAGCUGCACGUGCAGGAGGAGUUCGAGGCCUUUGUGGCUGCACGGUGUUGGCUAGCUGCCAACCCUGAGACCCAGGAGUCAGAAGCCAAGGCCCUACUUCGAUGUGUCCGCUUUGGCCGUAUGUCCACCAGGGAGCUGCGGAGGGUACGGGCAGCCGGGCUGCCUCCACCCCUACCCCCGGACUUGCUGCAUCAGCUGAUGGUGGAGGCUGAGGUUCCGGGUCAAGAGAGGCGGAGGGAGCCUGACCAGGCACUGGUAGUGAUUGGUGGGGAUGAGAUGAGAUCAGACAUGGCCAUGACACAGCCAUCCCGAGGAGUGUGGUGGGCCCGGGCCUUCCGCUGCGGCGUGGGACUGGUUCGAACUGUGGAGUGGGGCUGGCUGCCUGCCCUGCCUGCCCCAGGGCGCUUCCGGCAUGGGGCUGCGAGCCUGGCGGGAAGUGAACUCUACGUGUGUGGGGGACAGGAUUUCUGCAGCCGUACCAACACCCUGGCUUCAACUCUCAGGUGGGACCCCAGUCAAGAGGACUGGGAGGAGAUGUCACCUCUGUGCCAGGCUCGGAGCUUGUUUCCCCUGGUGGCACUGGAUGGACUACUUUAUGCCCUGGGUGGACGAGACAAUGGUGUUGCCCUCAACUCUGUGGAGACCUAUAACCCUGAGCUCGAUGUGUGGAGGCUAGCACCUGCACUUCCUGCACCAUGCUUCGCUCACGCAGCUGCUGUUUUGGAGGGCCGAUUGUUCGUGAGCGGUGGCUGCAGCGGGACUGGCCAAUACCUGGCCUCAUUGCUGCACUAUGACCCCAAACUUGAGAAGCCGGGGACAUUUCUGAGCCCAAUGGGGGUACCUCGGGCUGGCCAUGUCAUGGCUGCUCUGGGAGGGCGGUUGUAUGUAGCAGGUGGGCUAGGUGAGACCGGAGACCUGCUGAGCUUUGAGGCCUAUGAACUAAGGACUGAUAGCUGGUCUCACCUGGCCCCCCUGCCCUCCCCCCAUGUGGGGGCUGCAGGUGCCGUGCUGCAGGGGGAGCUACUGGUGCUGGGGGGCUACAGCCACCGUACUUAUGCCCUCUCCCACCUUAUUCAUGCUUACUGUCCUGGCCUGGGCCGAUGGCUCUGCCUGGGAACUCUGCCAAGACCUCGGGCUGAGAUGCCUGCCUGCAUCCUGACACUGCCCACUGUGCAGCACAUAGCUUUGGUUCCCACGCGGCACCAAACCAAACCUGCAGGGUGAGGGGGGAGUGGCAGUGGAUGAGGGGAGGAAAGGAUGAGAAACAUCAUGAGAGAAGGACAGAGUUAUGGGAGGAGGAAGAGAAGGCUUUAUUCAUAAUAGCAUUUUAUUCUAGCACAGUGCUUUACAACUCGUAAACUGCCUUUCUAUAUGAUCUUCAUUGAGGAAAAGGUGGCUGCAGAAUUCCUGGGGAAAGGGCAUGGGCUGGAGGAGGAUGCGGCUGAUUACUUAGGCAAGGAGAGGAGACCCAGGAGCAGCUCUGCGACGUUUAGGGAACCUGGCAUGACUCUUGGUGGGGAAGGUACAUCUGGCUGGAAAGACAGUCAAGAAGCUCCAGUAGCCAAGGUGUAGGGGCCAUGAGAGGAUAGUCAGAAAAAUGAUGAUUCUGACCCAUGGAUCAAGGAGAAAAAUGUGGAAAGGCCAUCCAGGAAAGAGUUU